AUGGCUAAAUCUACAUCAUCCGCAAGUGCAGGUAACAACAAUACCAAUGUUGAAAAGAUUGUUUCUGGGGAAGCCCCAUUAGAAUUUGUUAAAGAAGGUGUAUCAUUUAUUAGUAAAUGUAAGAAGCCAAACCAAAAGGAAUAUAUGAAAAUUAUUAGAGCUGUAGGUAUUGGUUUUGUCGGUAUUGGUAUUAUUGGGUAUGCUAUUAAAUUGAUUCACAUUCCAAUUCGUUAUUUAAUUGUAUAA